AAGAGGUAGAUAACAAUAGAUUUAGAUGUAUGGCAAGCUUCUUUAUUAGGAGAGUUUAGGCAGUGUAAGGGGAGAACAUUGCUGCUUAAACAGAGAAGAGAGAGAGUGUGUGUAUUAGAAUAGAAGAAAGAAGCAGUUUUAUACAGCAUUUAUAUUUAUGUGUUGUAUAUCCUUGUAAUUCCUGUACUGGGUUCCCGAAUCUCAAAUCAUUUCGAAACCAUUCGUUUGUAUUUAUUUGUAUACAUAUAUAAGGGGGUAGUUUCCAGCUCUCCCUUUACCUGUUUCGAGAUUGAAUCGACACGAUAUCUACGGCAGCUUCAGUCUCUUGCCGGGUAUCGAAGUUGGAGAUAGAUAGGUAGUUAGAUAGAGAGAUAGAGUAGGAGAGAGGGUGUAAUCGGAGCUUGAAGAAGAAGAGAAUCACGAGAAGAACAGCUGGUCUGUAGAGCCGAGAGAACCUAUUCAUGAAUUACCGCUGAUUUUCCGGGAAUCCUUGCUCUCUAUCUCUGAACCAACAAGGUUAGAAGAUGUCCAUGCCGCUGCAGCGAGGUGCGUCUGGGAUACGAAUCUCAGGUAAUAGCCAUGAUUUAUGGGAUUCCCAAAUGAAGGAUAGAACAGAAAAGGAAGAUCUAAAUAGAAACCGGUCACCUGAUAAUGGCUACUUGGCCCUGAGGUUUCCUUUUCGAUUUCUCUUAUCAGAUAACUCAUCUUCCAAAUAUGGUAUUACCGAGAAUGGUUUUAUAUCCGAUUCUUUCGCUGCUGGAACACCAAGGAGUCGCCAAAAACUCACAAUGCUACUUCUGAAGAUCAGUUUAAUUAUGAUCGUGAUUCUUGCACUUACUGGAUCCUUUUGGUGGACAAUAUCCAUUUCAACAACAUCUAGAGGUCACAUAUAUCACAACUACAGGAGGCUACAGGAGCAACUUGUUUCGGAUUUGUGGGAUAUUGGGGAGCUCUCUCUUGGUCCUUCAAGAUUGAAGGAGCUGGAGUACUGUUCUGCAGAGUCAGAAAAUUAUGUUCCUUGCUUUAAUGUUUCAGAGAAUCUUGCUCUGGGUUAUUCAGAUGGUAAUGAGUAUGACCGGCAUUGUGAACAUGGCUCAAGACAAAAUUGCUUAGUUCUAGCACCGGCAAAUUAUAGGAUUCCUCUUAGGUGGCCGACUGGGCGAGAUGUCAUUUGGGUUGCAAAUGUUAAAAUUACUGCUCAGGAGGUGCUUUCCUCUGGCAGCUUGACCAAGAGAAUGAUGAUGUUGGAGGAGGAGCAGAUUUCCUUCCGUUCUGCCUCUCUCAUGUUUGAUGGGGUUGAAGACUACUCACAUCAAAUUGCUGAAAUGAUUGGCCUGAGAAAUGAAUCCAAUUUCAUACAAGCUGGUGUUAGAACAAACUGGAAAACAGCAGUUCAUAAUUAUUGGUCUCUUCUUUCUCCGUUGAUCUCAGAUCAUCCUAAGAGACCUGGUGAUGAGGAUCCUUCACCACCUUAUAAUAUGCUUAGAAAUGUUCUAGACAUGAAUUCUCGCUUCGGUGGUCUUAAUUCUGCAUUGUUUGAACAAGGGAAAUCUGUUUGGGUCAUGAAUGUAGUCCCAACAAGUGGACCCAACUACCUACCUUUGAUCCUUGAUAGGGGCUUUGUUGGUGUACUGCAUGAUUGGUGUGAAGCAUUUCCAACAUAUCCUAGAAGUUAUGAUAUGGUACAUGCUGAAGGACUUCUAUCCCUCGAGACAGGACAGCAUCGCAGGUGCACCAUGCUGGAUAUGUUCACUGAGAUUGAUCGCUUACUUCGGCCCGAGGGUUGGGUAAUAAUCCGUGACACAGCACCUCUAAUUGAAUCAGCAAGAGCUCUAACAGCACGGUUGAAAUGGGAUGCACGUGUAAUGGAAAUCGAAAGUAACAGUGAUGAGAGACUCCUUAUCUGUCAGAAACCUUUCUUAAAGAAGCAAGCAAGCUAAUUAUGCAUUCUUCAGGGAAGAUAAAAAAUGUCAAUCAUGGUAUUCAAAUUCAUUUUGUGGAUGUUAACUUAGUCACAUAUCAUAAAGCUCCACCCAAAAGGGGGAGAAAGAUAAAUUUUGAACAGAAAGAAGAAGCCAGAUAAAAAAAAAAAAAAACAGAGGAAGAGGAAAGAAAUGAGAGUAUCGGUGGGACCAACCACAACACCUAUGGAGCCGUAAGGCGUACGUAGGGCCAUGUAAUUACUCAGAUGGAGAUACCCUGCGAGCCAGAAUUAUAGGAUCAAAUUUCAUUUUCCAUGUUAUGUCUCAUUAUAACCAGCAUACAUCACAUGAUUCAGAUUGUGAAGAUGUUUACAGAAUAAGCAGUGUUAUUUGCUCUAGUGUAUAAAAAAAUUGCUUGGUACAUUCAUGUUGAUUUAAUGCUUCAUUUUUUUGGGUUUCUUUCUUCCAA